AAUGAAAUGAUAACACCCAUUUUCAUCAAAACGACACUUAAACAUUUCCAUUAAAAGGUUGAUGUAAAUAAAAGAUUAAAUAAAAGAUUAAACAAAGCUCUCUCUUGCUGUCCUGAAUUUUGUUGGUCCAUUAUCCUUCUCUUUUAGUGGCAAAGCCACCCAAGUGAAACUUUUGCCAACCGCAAUAACCUCCAAAAGAAAAAGAGCACAAAAGACACCACCUUGUCCAAAGAAAGAAUCUUUAAACAAUGCCAAACUAAACUCUUAUUAUGUCUUAAUUAUCUAUGCUUUAAGCAUCUUCCUCAAGAUACCCUCUUUUCUCUGUUUAUAACGCUUUGUCUGUUAUGUACCUAUGACCGUUCUUUUUAAACUUGAACUUGUUCAUGUUAAAAAUUGACACUUUAUUGGUUCGAAGUUAGAAAAGACGUUCACUUUCUUGUUUAUACCUUUAUCUUUCUUUCUUGAAAGAUAGGUAAAAAGAAUUGGACUUUCUUGAUUUUUCUUUUCAAAGCUUCGAAAACUUAUGAUGGCUUCAUCGAUUCUUCUUCCGGCCAAUUCUGUUGCUGGAACUAGAAGGAGGACUCCAGGAUUCUUGCUUUCUGGUGAUCGCCGCUCGUCGACGGCUCAGGUGGUGAGGACUCAGAGGUUGUUCUUUGUUCGCUCUGCUUUGGAUUCCCUGGAAACAAAAGUGUCUGAUAUGAGUGUUAAUGCUCCAAAGGGGUUGUUUCCACCUGAACCUGAGCAUUAUAGAGGACCAAAACUGAAGGUGGCUAUUAUUGGAGCUGGGCUUGCAGGGAUGUCAACUGCAGUGGAGCUAUUGGAUCAAGGCCAUGAGGUGGACAUAUAUGAAUCAAGGACCUUUAUUGGUGGUAAAGUGGGUUCAUUUGUGGACAGACGUGGAAAUCACAUUGAAAUGGGACUUCAUGUCUUCUUUGGCUGCUAUAAUAAUCUUUUCCGUUUGAUGAAGAAGGUGGGUGCAGAUAAAAAUCUACUUGUGAAGGAGCAUACUCACACAUUUGUAAACAAGGGGGGUGAUAUUGGUGAGCUUGAUUUUCGGUUUCCAAUAGGAGCUCCCUUGCAUGGGAUCCAAGCAUUUUUGACCACCAAUCAACUUAAGACGUAUGAUAAAGCAAGAAAUGCUGUGGCUCUUGCCUUAAGUCCAGUUGUGAAGGCCCUCAUUGAUCCAGAUGGAGCAAUGACGGACAUAAGGAAUUUAGAUAGUAUCAGCUUCUCUGAUUGGUUUUUGUCUAAAGGUGGCACACGCACAAGUAUCCAAAGAAUGUGGGAUCCUGUUGCAUAUGCCCUUGGGUUCAUUGACUGUGAUAACAUCAGUGCUCGAUGUAUGCUCACUAUAUUCUCCUUGUUUGCCACUAAAACAGAGGCUUCGCUACUACGCAUGCUUAAGGGUUCUCCGGAUGUUUAUUUAAGCGGUCCCAUUAGAAAGUAUAUUGAAGAUAAAGGAGGCAGGUUUCAUUUAAGGUGGGGAUGCAGACAGAUACUCUAUGAUACGUCUGCUGAUGGAGAAACAUAUGUUACAGGGCUUGCCAUGUCAAAAUCAACUAACAAGAAAGUUGUGAAAGCUGAUGCUUAUGUUGCAGCAUGUGAUGUCCCUGGAAUCAAAAGAUUACUUCCAUCUCAGUGGAGGGAAUCAAAGUUUUUUGAUAAUAUUUAUGAGCUAGUUGGAGUACCUGUUGUAACGGUUCAACUUAGAUAUGAUGGCUGGGUCACGGAGUUACAAGAUCUAGAGCGAUCAAGGCAAUCAAGGCAAGCUGUGGGUUUAGAUAACCUUCUGUACACUCCAGAUGCAGAUUUUUCUUGUUUUGCGGACUUAGCACUCACUUCUCCGGAAGAUUACUACAUUGAAGGACAAGGAUCAUUGCUCCAAUGUGUUCUUACACCCGGUGAUCCUUACAUGCCCUUGGUAAAUGAAGAAAUCAUAAAGAGAGUAUCAAAGCAGGUUUUGACUUUAUUUCCGUCAUCCCAAGGCUUAGAGGUUAUCUGGUCAUCCGUAGUAAAAAUUGGGCAAUCUUUAUAUCGCGAAGGACCUGGCAAAGAUCCCUUCAGACCAGAUCAAAAGACACCUGUGAAAAAUUUCUUCCUUGCUGGUUCUUAUACAAAACAGGAUUACAUAGACAGCAUGGAGGGGGCAACUUUAUCCGGAAGACAGGCUUCAGCAUAUAUAUGUGAAGCUGGUGAAGAACUAGUUGCAUUGAAGAAGAAGCUUGCUGCCGUUGAAUCUCCAGAAUGCCCACAGUCUGCUGCAGUCGCUGAUGAGCUGAGUCUUGUAUGAUGUAGGCGGUAGUCAUGGCAACAUGCUUUUCUUUUCUUUUUUUUUUUUUUUUUUCCUUAAAAAAUGGAAAAUUAUGUAUUGAAAUGGAAUUUGAAUACCAAUAUAUAUAAAAGGUUAGUUUCAGCGUA